AUGCUCAACACAAGCGUCAAGACUCCCCACAACCAGACUCAGAAAAGCCAACUCAGGGCCCCAACCAAGAGUCCAAUACGGAAGCCAAAUCUCCAGACCACCAAUCUUCAACUCAAACAUCUCCCACCCGCUGGACGACAGCCGAUCUCGUCGAAGCCAAACCAAGUCGAGCGUGGCGAGCAAAAUGAUCUGCAAAAGGACCAGACGCCAGAGAGCAUCCUCGAGCAGGCCGAUUUGGCCAAACGAUGGCUAUUCGAAAAGAGGCAAUACGAAGCAUUUUUCGGUAAGAAGAGCGAGGACAGGGAGAUCGAGAAGAGGGACAGGGCCAUGUUUAAACCGCACGUGCUGGUCGGCCGGUAUGGGGCUGCGGAGGAUGGUGAGCAAGGUGAUGAAGGAACGGUGAGCCUGGAUCAGAUCCAGAAGAGGCCCGAUUGA